AUGAUUAUCAAAGUAAGGGACAUCCCGUUUUUUAAGUCUAUAAUAAGGUCAAUGACCAAUAUUGAGUAUCUUACCUUCAGAACGACCAACAACAAGCUUAUAAUCUCCUCGGCACUCAUAAACAUCUACUAUGUAGAAAUAGAUUCGACGCUUCUAGAAUUUUCAGACUAUCAGGUCACAGACUUCUCCGUGAAUGCCAACCUGUUGAAGAAGAUUCUCAAGUUCUUCAAAACACAGCUUAUCAUAAGGAUGAACGGUUCGUUAGAACUGUGCUAUGAAUCCACAAAAAAGAACUACGACAUCUCAGUUCCUUUCAUAAAAACGAUAAAAAAUGAGCUUAAUGAGAUGGGUGAUGUGGAGACACUCUUUGUUGUCCAGCCAGUCGAUUUAAACUUCCUGCAGAACUUCAAGAAAACAACAUACAAUUGCACAGAUAAGCUGGUGGUUAAACAGAAUAUAGAGGGUGGUGCUGAGGAGAUGGAAUUUGAUGUUGAUAUUCUGAAAGCAAGCGGUGUGCCCUUUACUUGUGAUAAUUUGUGGUUAGGCCCGACAAAGUCAAUCAGAUCAUUUGUUGAGAACACAGUUUUUAUGUUCAAUCAUUCAAUGCUGCAGGUAACAUUUGUGUUUAAGAAACAGAAAAAUUGUAAAUUUAUUGUGCAGAUUCCCAAGCUGUACGAAAAGGAUUAAAUGAACGUUGUAUAUGGCCAUCACCUUUGCUAUUGCUACGUUUAUAUCUGCUAGCAGGUCAUUUAUGCCUAUCGGUACCUAAACACACGCUACAAAUUUAUUUACAUAAUUUUUUUCAUCACAAAGCAUUAAUUAAAACUUCUUCGUCUCCACACAACAGACAAUUCUUUCCAAUUCGCAGAAUGAAAGCACAGUGAUCAUAAGGCCUUCUGUUU